AUGUGGCAGCUGUUGCUGGGACUUCGUGUUGUGACAGCGAUAGGGCGCAAAAUCUUGGCCGACCCCAACAUCAUAUCAGUGGAUCUUACUCGGGAUGCAGUUGAGGCGAAAAUGAAUGAGGUCUGGAGUCUUCAGUGCGGGGAGGUGGCUUUCAAGUAUGCUGAGCAUUGCGAUCGGGAGGACGUGAUGAUGGGCUACGAAGUUCUUGACUCGGCGUAUACUAG